CCAGGGCUUGGCUAGUGGGUUUGGGGGGGGCGGUGGUGCAAGGAACCUGGCGUGUGCCUGCCAGCCGGCCGGCAAGUGGACGGCCCGCGGCGCGGUGGGGGCGGUGGCGGCGCGGUGGCCCCGGGCCGCGUGGCCCCUGGCAGCGCAGCCAUGGUUUCUAAACUGAGCCAGCUGCAGACGGAGCUCCUGGCGGCGCUGCUCGAGUCGGGCCUGAGCAAAGAGGCGCUGAUCCAGGCCCUGGGCGAGCCGGGGCCCUACCUGCUGGCUGGAGAUGGGCCCCUGGACAAGGGGGAGUCCUGCGGCGCUGGCCGAGGGGAGCUGGCCGAGCUGCCCAAUGGGCUGGGGGAGACGCGGGGCUCCGAGGACGACACGGACGACGAUGGGGAAGACUUCACGCCACCCAUCCUCAAAGAGCUGGAGAACCUCAGCCCCGAGGAGGCGGCCCACCAGAAGGCCGUGGUGGAGACCCUUCUGCAGGAGGACCCGUGGCGCGUGGCGAAGAUGGUCAAGUCCUACCUGCAGCAGCACAACAUCCCGCAGCGGGAGGUGGUGGACACCACCGGCCUCAACCAGUCCCACCUGUCCCAGCACCUCAACAAGGGCACCCCGAUGAAGACGCAAAAGCGCGCGGCCCUGUACACCUGGUACGUCCGCAAGCAGCGAGAGGUGGCGCAGCAGUUCACCCAUGCAGGGCAGGGUGGGCUGAUUGAGGAGCCCACAGGUGAUGAGCUGCCAACCAAGAAGGGGCGGAGGAACCGUUUCAAGUGGGGCCCAGCGUCCCAGCAGAUCCUGUUCCAGGCCUAUGAGAGGCAGAAGAACCCCAGCAAGGAGGAGCGAGAGACCCUGGUGGAGGAAUGCAAUAGGGCGGAGUGCAUCCAGAGGGGAGUGUCACCAUCGCAGGCACAGGGGCUGGGCUCCAACCUCGUCACCGAGGUGCGUGUCUACAACUGGUUCGCCAACCGGCGCAAAGAAGAAGCCUUUCGGCACAAGCUGGCCAUGGACACGUACAGCGGGCCCCCACCGGGGCCAGGCCCAGGACCUGCGCUGCCUGCCCACAGCUCCCCUGGCCUGCCCCCACCUGCCCUCUCCCCCAGUAAAGUCCACGGCGUGCGCUACGGACAGCCUGCAACCAGCGAGGCAGCAGAGGCGCCCUCGAGCAGCGGCGGUCCUUUAGUGACAGUGUCCACGCCUUUGCACCAAGUGUCCCCCACAGGCCUGGAGCCCAGCCACAGCCUGCUGAGCACCGAAGCCAAGCUGGUCUCAGCGACUGGGGGCCCCUUGCCGCCUGUCAGCACGCUGACCGCGCUGCACAGCUUGGAGCAGACGUCUCCAGGCCUCAACCAGCAGCCCCAGAACCUCAUCAUGGCCUCGCUGCCCGGGGUCAUGACCAUCGGGCCUGGUGAGCCUGCCUCCCUGGGCUCCACCUUCACCAACACGGGAGCCUCCACCCUGGUCAUUGGCCUGGCCUCCACCCAGGCGCAGAGUGUGCCGGUCAUCAACAGCAUGGGCAGCAGCCUGACCACCCUGCAGCCGGUCCAGUUCUCGCAGCCACUGCAUCCUUCCUACCAGCAGCCUCUCAUGUCGCCUGUGCAGAGCCACGUGGCCCAGAGUCCCUUCAUGGCCACCAUGGCCCAGCUGCAGGGUCCUCACGCUCUCUACAGCCACAAGCCCGAGGUGGCCCAGUACACCCACACAGGCCUGCUCCCGCAGACCAUGCUCAUCACCGACACCACCAACCUGAGCGCCCUUGCCAGCCUCACGCCCACCAAGCAGGGGGCUGUUCUGGUCCCCCAGGUCUUCGCCUCGGACACCGACGCCUCCAGUGAGUCUGGGCUUCACGCACCGGCCUCUCCGGCCACCACCAUCCACAUCCCCAGCCAGGACCCUGCCAGCAUCCAGCACCUGCAGCCUGCCCACAGGCUCAGCGCCAGUCCCACAGAUGAGGAAGUGGACACUCGAGGUGACGGACCUGUCUCAUCUACUGGGUGGCAGAGCCAGGACAUGAACCCAGUGUCCUCCAGCAGCCUGGUGCUGUACCAGAGCUCCGACUCCGCCAGCGGCCACAGCCACCUGCUGCCAUCCAACCACGGCGUCAUUGAGACCUUCAUCUCCACGCAGAUGGCCUCCUCCUCCCAGUAACCUCGGCAACCUACCAGGGGCUGGGCCCUGGAGCCUGCACUGCCUGCCUGGGGGUGACAAGGCAGCAGUCGCCACCACCUGGAGGGCUUCUGAGCCUGCCCAGCUGGCGCCCCACAGGACAGCUGCCUUUCCUGGAAAACCCGACUCGUUCCCACCUCCCACUCUGCAGCCUCCGAAAGCUGCCUCAACUGAGGAGGGUGUCACUUGCCCAAGAGGGGACUGUGGAGCGCUGGGAAGCAGAGUUGUUCCUGGAGGAUCCUGGAGGGACUACCUGAGCUGCUGGACGACCUGCUGUUAUUUGGAAGAGAAAGGGGCAGCCUUUGACCCUGGUGCCCCAGCUCGGGCCUGAGGAUAGCCCUGGAGGCACGCUUCUCUCGGCACAAGCCCAGCGGCUGUGACUCGCUGAGCCCUGUGAGGCCCUAGAUCAGCAUGGCCGCAUGGUCACCUCUGCAUCCACGGGCUGCUUGGCCCUGCGCAGCUCCUUCCAGUGAGUGAGCCACAAGUCCACCCAUACGCACCCGUCCCCACGCACCAGGCACGUCCCAGUGGCUGCUUUCUCCCAGGCCUGGGGCUCCGUGCCCAAGCCCUGGGCAGCUCAAGCAAUGGGGAAGGCACGCAGGGCUCUCCUGCCUCCCUUGUCCAGAGCCACCCCCUCUCCACGGCCUCCAGGACCCCUCAUUUUCCUGGACAUGUGUUCCUGACCUCAGGCCUUCUGAAGCCAGCUAGCAUCCUGCCACUACCAGACAGACCACUUCGGGACGAAGAGGUCGUCCUUGCUCCUGUGACCAGCUGUGUCAAGUCCAGGUCCCAGGGCAGCAGCUCCUCUGGCCCUGGGGCCCUGCAGACCCUUCUUUUUUUGGAGGUGGGUGGUUACCAACCUCAGAAGGCAGCAAGGCCUGAGCAGCGGGCAGAGCGGAGGUCCAGAGGGAGAAGCGUGGCAAGAUGAGGGGCCACCUGCAUGGAUGGACUGAUGCUUGGGAGCCCAGCUGGCUGCGAACUGGGGUCUAGGCAGCUGGCAGCCACCCUGAGGAGUCUGAGGUCCUGAGCACCCCUGGGAAGGGCAGAGCAGCUGCCAACCCAGGGCGCACGUGACCUUACCUCCUGGGCCUGCGGUGGAGAACCUGGGCCUUGGGAGAACCAGCACCUCUGCGGCUUGUAGCCAGCUGUGGGGGAGCCUGUACGUUUAUUUAACUUUUAGUAAAGUCACUAAGAAACA